UCUCUCUCCUCUCCCACUUCACCCUCGCGAUCUCUCUCCCCACCACCUCGCCGCGCCUCCGCCUCCGCCUCCGCCAUGGAGGUGUUCUACUACCUCGUCUUCGGCGGGCUCGCCGCCGUCGUGGCGGCGCUGGAGCUCGGGAAAUCCAGCAAGGACCGCGUCGCCACCACCCCGGCCUUCAACGCGUUCAAGAACAACUACAUCCUUGUCUACUCGCUCAUGAUGUCUGGGGAUUGGCUGCAGGGGCCGUACGUGUACUACCUCUACAGCCAGUACGGCUUCGACAAGGGUGAUAUUGGGCGCCUCUUCAUCGCCGGCUUCGGCUCCUCCAUGCUCUUCGGCACCAUCGUCGGAUCCCUCGCCGAUAAGCAGGGGAGGAAGAGGGCGUGCAUUACCUACUGCAUAAGCUACAUCCUGAGCUGCAUCACGAAGCACUCGCCUGAGUACAAGAUCCUGAUGAUUGGCCGCGUGCUUGGAGGUAUCGCCACAUCGCUGCUCUUCUCGGCGUUCGAGUCGUGGCUUGUCGCGGAGCACAACAAGAGAGGAUUUGAUCCGCAAUGGCUGUCGUUAACAUUCUCCAAGGCUAUAUUUCUUGGGAAUGGCCUAGUUGCCAUUGUCGCUGGGCUAUUUGCAAAUCUGUUGGCAGAUAACUUGGGUUUUGGGCCUGUUGCUCCAUUUGAUGCUGCUGCUUGCUUCCUAGCAAUAGGCAUGGCGAUCAUCUUGUCAACAUGGAGUGAGAACUAUGGUGAUACAUCUGACAACAAGGAUUUGAUAGCGCAGUUCAAGGUUGCAGCCAAAGCAAUUGCUUCAGAUGAAAAGAUUGCACUGCUGGGAGCUAUACAGUCACUGUUUGAGGGUUCAAUGUACACUUUUGUUUUCCUGUGGACUCCUGCUUUGAGCCCAAAUGAUGAAGAAAUUCCUCAUGGCUUCAUAUUUGCUACAUUCAUGCUCUCCUCUAUGUUGGGUAGCUCAAUUGCCUCCCGUUUAUUAGCUCGGAAGCUGAAGGUUGAAGGUUAUAUGCAGAUUGUGUUUUCAAUAUCAGCUAUUACUCUUUUCCUCCCUGUUGUCACUAACUUCCUAGUACCUCCCUCAUCAGUCAAAGGUGGUAGCAUCUCAUUUGGAGGCUGCCUACAGCUCCUUGGUUUCUGUAUAUUUGAAUCCUGUGUUGGCAUAUUCUGGCCAUCAAUCAUGAAGAUGAGGUCCCAAUAUAUUCCUGAGGAGGCAAGAAGCACAAUCAUGAAUUUCUUCCGCAUACCACUCAACCUGUUUGUUUGUGUGGUGCUUUACAAUGUGAAUGCAUUCCCAAUCACUGUCAUGUUUGGCAUGUGUGCUAUUUUCCUUUUCAUGGCAGCAAUCUUGCAGAGGCGACUGAUGGUUGUCUCUGAUAUUCACAGAUCAACAAAAGCUGUAGAGAUGACUGGGGAGGACGAACCACUAAACCCAUAGAAGAGAAGACAAUAUAGAUGUGAAUUGGACAUGAAAACCGCCUCCAACUUGAGCUGCUUUACACUGGGCUGCUGAAUAAGCUGGAAAUCAGCCGGCUGGAAUGCAACGUAGUAGUUUAGUGUGCUUGUAGGUAGCCUCAUUCAUUUUUGUCAGGAGAGAGGACACGAUCCAGAAAAUAUUGAGCUACAGGCGGCACAGUAACGCCUUUCAUAGGUCUCCAUCCCAAUCUUUUCCACUUUCUUCUCGAGUGUGAUGAUCGAAGCUGUAACCAUUUAGUAGUGUAACAAAUUUGACGGUUGUUCCCAUUGUUAGUACGAUGAGUGAAUCUGUUUUGUUGAAAAUGCUU